AUGAGCGAAUUGUUUGGAAUUCUUCUGAUAAUUGCCCAAAUUUGGAAUGUGGCGUCGAGAAAUUACGAGCUCGUCACGAGAUUCUAUGUGGAGGAGCACCGAUUUCCCUACUGUUUCGCGCCGAGUCUCAAAUUUGAUGAUAUCGUACCAUUCGACAAGGUUUAUAGAUGCGAUGGUUGCUUUAAUCUCAAGAUUAAUAUGAGCGAUUGGAACGCUGAUGAGAUCGAAACGUUUGGAAAAUUCAUUCUCGGUUUCCGCGGCUGCACAAUCUACUUGACAAACUCGAAUGCUUCGGUUCUUCAAUUCCCAAAAUUGAAAACGGCAAUCAACACGAAAUUCUACAUCACUGGAAACAACGAAUUGGAGACGAUUGUGUUCCCUGAAAGCGUUCACGUGGAAAAUAAUUCUGUCAUCGUCGUCAACAAUCCAACGCUGAGCGAUGACGAACUCGAAAAAAUCAAAAAACUGUGCGCCGCCGGUGGCGAGUGCGACUUCGUGUUUCCCGAAACUCCGGCACCGCCGUCAGCGAUUCCGAGCACCGUCUCGCCGAGCACCGCCGCGUCGACGAAGCCCGACGAAACCGUGAAACCGCAAAUACCCGAGGCGUCGUUCUUGCCGAUCACCGAACCCGCGAAUCAGAAACUCUGCUCGAAUGGCCACUGCGCAACAAUGCCAACACCAGACGCUCAAUAUUCGACUGGAAUUCGUGCCGCAACGAACCUACUCACCCCAAUUUUCUUCAUUUUCUCACGUCUCGUGUUCCCAUAA